AUGGACCUAAGUGAGGCAUUUCCAGGUGAUUACGAACGUACUAGCUGUGAGGAUAUAAUGCCGUAUGAGGGACCAAUUAGUCUUCCAUCAUCUACAAGUACAAGCCCUGUAGAUGGUGAACUACCAGGUGGUAGUACAUCUAGUGAUUUUGGGCCAUUACCUACUUAUUAUAUAAAGAAAGUAAAGAGAAAAGAGAGAUUACGUACACAAUCGGAGAGUGCAGUAUGGACAAGAGCAUCAUUGCGAAUGCGACCGUCUCCACCUUUUGUGGAUAUGGCAGCGACACCAGCUAUUGAUAUUGCACCGCGUCUUUCUACACCUGGAGGUAAAGAACAUGAUGAUCAAGUACGUACUAGUGAGAGUGGAAUAUCCGAGUAUACAAGAAAUGUGAUUAAUGGACUUGAUAUAUUGACGGUGGCAAAUGGGAAUGGAUUUGCUCAUCGUCGACGGAGUCAUGAUAGCUCCAUGUCGACUGCAGUAAUACUUGGAAGUCGAGAAGGAGUUAUUAAUAUGUGGCGACAACAAGGACAGAUUUCGGAGCGUGCGUCGGAAAUUCUAGAAGAUGCAAAGCUGUCGUUGCAUGGAAAGGAGAAGAAUUUAUACAAUGCAUCACUGCGGCGGUUAUCUAAAGCACAGGAUCCACGACUUAAUGCACUUGGAGAGAGGAUCUCGUUUGCAACGGCAGCGGGUGAUACAAAUCAUGUUGCAGGGCCUACUGCAAGUAGCGAUUCUGACGUUAAGCAGAACGUAGAAGGAGGGUCAGAUGUGUCACAAGUGAAGAUUGUGGAAAACGAUCCGGAAAAAGUGCUGAACAUGUCACCGGUGUCUACAAAUAUAGAUUUAGUGCUACAGAAUGGAGACAAACCUUUAUUAGAUCUUGAUGCGGAUAUAGACGUCAACUCAUUGUCUGGAUUUGAUGAUCGUAACUCUAGUUUUCGACCACAGUCUGGGACGUUGUAUCAUGAGGCGGUGAAAUGGGAAGGAGUGUUGACAAGACGGAGCGAGUGGCUGAGGAGAUUGGAGCGACAUUACUACGUAUUAGAGGGCAAGUUUUUGAGAAGGUUUGCUUCAAAAGAGGCAUAUCUGUCGUCUAGAGAUGAGCCGCUAGUGACUCAUCAUAUUCGUCCUCCAACUGAUCCAAGCAAACCUGCACCAGGUAGCCCAGCAGCGAGCAUGGUCCGACGAAAUUCCAGCAGCCCAGCGUCUAGUGGUGUAAGUCAUUUAUAUGUGCUAGCGGGGGUCAAAGACUCAUCAAGCCGCGCGAACGGGUUCACUUUUAUUACAGAGGACAAGAAGACGCUACAGGUAACAGCUCCAACGGCCGUGGAAAAAAUAAUAUGGAUGCGACUUGGGCUCGAAGCUAUUGUGGCGCUUCCAACGCUUCCAGUAGCACCUCUUGACAUGGAAGAAUUUUAUGCAAUGUUGGUUGUACUCUAUACGGCGUACAGUGGUAACUGGCGUACGGAGGGCGACAUGGCAGUGACGCUUCCUCCGCCAUCAGAGCAGGUUUUUACCCGCUUCUUCCGAUUAUUGGACAAAAACAUUAUAUUUUGCUCGAACUAUCCGCCAUCUGUGCCAUUUCACGGCUCGUUCCGCGGCCACUCUGGUGUGGUGACUUUCAUGCACGACUUUGCUCGGCACACGCUCUGGACCAACUUUAAAAUUGGUGGCAUGUCGGUGGAUGGAUCAAUAGCGGUAGCUUCAGGCAAGGAAGAGCUUGAAAAUCGUCGUGAUGCGCGUAAGUUUAUUCAAAACUGGGUGCAUAAGUUUACAUUUUAUUCGGACGGACGGCUCGCGCGCUUUGAGAUCAACGGUGACGUCGUGGCAGCUAGUGCUGUCUUCAAGGUUCCUGGUGCGGCAACGACACUGAAACUUCCUCAGGAGUUUAAUGAGGUGGACGCCGAGCACGGCCUGGAAGGGGUAUUGCUUGUUCGGAUCAUGCAGGGCCAUGGACUGAAGGCAGGCACAUCAAUUAAAAAGACAGUCAAGGAACCAAGCGUUACAUUGCGGCUCCAAUACCGAGAGCAAUCAAAGCCCAAGUCCAAUGCAAAUGUGUCUACGCUAGGUUUUUCAUCGGUUUCGGCGGGGCCCUCGGUCCUUAUCGGUGGUAUUUCAAUGCCAAACCUUUCGCGAAAGUUUAGCUUCAUGACCGCGGUGGCGACUUCUGCUGCUUCUGCGGCAUCUUCUGCGGUUGGUGUUGGCCUUGUGUCCACAUCCAAUAACUCAACUCCGGUGAUCGACCCAUUUAGCACCGGUACUCCGCGCAACUCGGGAGAUGACUCGUAUUUGCCAACUCACCCGGUGUGGAAUCUAGUUUUCGAGCUUCCAUUCUAUGGUGUCAUUGGCACUUGCUCGCUGGUGGUAGACGUAAAAGAUCACUCGAAGAAUGGUGUCGAGUUUCAGCUUGGUUUUGCUACAUUGAAUGUCGCCAGGUAUUUGAUGGCUGCAGAUGCGGCCGAGCGCACCACAAUGCGAGAAGAAGCAGCUAUGGCAGCUGAUAGUAAAUGGUAUUCCAUCAGCAAUGCUAAAGGUGAAUAUUGCGGUAAGGUGCAGCUCGGUAUAACCUGUCGCCGCGUAAAGUUGGACGAAAAUGAAGAUGGUGUACAGCCACGACUGAAGAAGAGUCAAAGCGUCGUGAUCGAUCGAAAUAAUCCUCCAUCCUCUCACAUGCUGCAAUGGGAUGCCACUCCUGCAGCUCAUUCUCAAGCCUUGUUGGGUGCUGCAACUCCAGCACUGAAGAAAAGCACGACACUUGACGAGUAUCCUGUAGGUGGAAGUGAACAUGUGCGUCGCCAUGGCUGGGCAAACGUGAAACUCUCUCCUGAGAGCACUGCUCGCACACAAUCUGCCGGUGCUGUUGUUCUUGAUGAGCAAAGCAAGGAUGACGAUGACAUAGUAUACAAGCAUUUUUCUUCAGGAGGCGGGAACAAUAGCUCACUGCGUGCAGCUACUGACGCCGUUAUAUGUAAGGAAAAUGUUGACAUGCACACGUUUAUGGUGUGCGGUGCUCCUUUCACGAUUCCGCGUCAUUAUCAGCUUAUCAAGGUGUGUGGUCGUGGUGCGUAUGGUAUUGUGAUUGCUGCGACAAACUUGCGAACGGGUGGCAACGUAGCUAUUAAGAAGGUGAUUGACUGUAUAUGGCAUCCGCACCAGCUCAAGCAGAUAUUGCGUGAAUGUCGAUUGAUCCGUCACAUGGCUCACGAAAAUGUGUUGAGUUUAUUGGAUUUAAUUCCGCCGCCAUCGUACACGGACUUUCGAGACGUUUACAUGACGGUUGAUCUCAUGGAAAUGGAUCUGCAUCGCAUCAUUUAUUCCAAGGAGGUGCUACGUGACGAUCAUAUUCGUUAUUUCCUGUAUCAAAUGCUUAGCGGUUUGCAUCACAUGCAUCGCGCUGGUGUGUUGCACCGCGACCUGAAGCCCAGCAAUUUGCUUAUCAAUUCCGAUUGUCAGCUCAAAAUUUGUGAUCUUGGACUUGCACGCUCGAAAGAAGCUGAUGAUGUGGGUAUGACUGAAUAUGUGGUAACGCGAUGGUAUCGUGCACCGGAACUUUUGUUAGGUAGUGCUUAUGGCGAUGGUGUGGAUCUUUGGGCAGCAGGGUGUAUUUUUGCCGAAAUGCUUGGUCGCAAGCCUCUCUUUCCCGGUGAGACUUACGUCCAUCAGCUUCAGCUUAUUAUGAAUGUGCUGGGCGUACCGGAGGAGCACUCGUUCAAGGAGAACCCGUUGGCCAACAAACUAAAGGGACGUCAGCUACUGAGCCGAACGCAAGCAGUGGCUGGUAUUGACACAAGCACCAUGUUCCCGAACGCCAAUCCAGAAGGUUUGGAUUUGUUAUGGAAGAUGUUGGUAUUUGAUGUGGAAAAGCGCAUUAGUGUUGAGGAAGCACUGCGGCAUCCGUAUCUAGCAAUGUAUUACGACGAAGAGCGCGAGAAUGUCCCGGUGGAGAAGUUUCAGAGCUUUGAUCUGGAUGAUCUAGACGAACCCGAUCUGAAAGAGCUCAUGUUUAAAGAGAUUUGUCAUUUUCACCCCGAGGAAAUGGUCAAGCGUGCUCAACAGCAGCGUGAACACCCUGAGACUGCCGAGAAACUUCCUCCUGGUUGGGUAAGGCGCGAGUCACGGAGCGUACCAGGCAAGUAUUACUACAGCAAUCCAAAGCGCGGCAUUAGUACGUGGAUUAAGGAAGAAAUGGAGUAA